GGCACUCACCAAGGGCGAUAACAGCAGGACCCAUAGCUACAGCUACUGUAAAACUGAGUCAAAAUGACCUCCACCGGAAUGAACAUGAUGGGCAAGAUCACCUUCUACGAGGAAAGGAACUUCAUGGGACGUUCCUAUGAGUGUAUGAACGACAUGUCCGAUAUCUCCUCCUACAUGUCCCGCAGCCAAUCCUGCAGGGUGGAGAGAGGUUGCUUCAUGGUCUACGACCGCACCAACUACAUGGGUAACCAGCACUUCAUGAGGAGGGGCGAGUACGCCGACUACAUGAGCAUGUUUAACUGGAGCGACAGCAUCAGGUCCUGCCGUAUGAUCCCCAUGCACAGAGGAAGCUACAGGAUGAGGAUCUACGAGAGGGAGAACUUCGGUGGCCAGAUGCACGAGAUGAUGGACGACUGUGACAACAUCAUGGAUCGUUACCGCAUGAACAACUGCAUGUCCUGCAACGUGAUGGAGGGCCACUGGCUGAUGUAUGAGCAGCCCAACUACAGAGGCAGAAUGAUGUACAUGAGGCCUGGCGAGUACAGGAACUUCCAGCAGAUGAUGGGAGGCAUGGGAGGCAUGGGAAGCAUGGGCAACAUGAGGUUCAUGAGCAUGAGGCGCAUCAAUGACUCUUUCUACUAGACAGUAUUUCUAAAUGUGCCGAAAUGAAGAUAUCAAUAAAGCCAUGAUUUCGAAAACAAAA